AUGGUUGAUCUAGGUCUUUGGUCAGCUCCCCAACGAGCAGGGAGAAAGCUCUGGCAGCUACACUAUUACAAAGAAAACGGUAUGGAGAGUAAAGAAUUUCCAGUCGACGCUGGUAGCCCACUUAAGUACCGUCCACAGCCAUUCCCAUCAUACGAGAACCGUCUCUCCAUCCCAUUCUUCGUCCGCUUCUCAGCAGCCACCGCGGGCGCUGUUCUCACUGGAGCCGCUCUGGGCGUCUCUCACGGAGGCAAACUAGCAGGCAUGCGUUUCCGAGCGGAGAACUCACACCGUUUUCCCGCCACCUCUACGGGAUGGUACCUGUACCACAAAAGCAAGAAUUACCACAUCAUGCUAGGAGGGAUUAAAGAAGGGUUGAAGAUGGGCUCCAAGAUCGGUUUUUGGACUGGAAGCUUCUUCUUAGUCGAGGAAGCCGUUGAUGAAUGGCGUGGGACGAAAGAUUUCCUAUCGACUGUCGUAGCUGGAAUGACUAUUGCUGCGGGUUUCAGUGGACAGCCUUGGAAUGUACUACCCCUGAACACCGCAGCGCGAACCAUCCGGAUAGGGUUAUAUGGCGGCCUGGCGUUUGGGCUGGCACAAGAUGCUCUUGGCCUAGCACGAGGCAGGCGGUUGGGCUACGUAGACUUCUUGUUGGGUAGAAACCGAGAUACCUCGGAGCUACAAGAAGUUAAGGGGUGA